AUGAACAACUUUAUCCUCCUGGAAGAACAACUCAUCAAGAAAUCACAACAAAAGAGAAGAACUUCUCCCUCAAACUUUAAAGUCCGUUUCUUUGUUUUAACCAAAACCAGCCUGGCAUACUUUGAGAAUCGUCACGGGAAAAAGCGCACAUUGAAGGGCUCCAUUGAACUCUCCCGAAUCAAAUGUGUCGAGAUUGUGAAAAGUGACAUUAGCAUCCCAUGCCACUAUAAAUAUCCAUUUCAGGUUGUGCAUGACAACUACCUCCUCUAUGUGUUUGCUCCAGACCGUGAGAGCCGGCAGCGCUGGGUUCUGGCCCUUAAAGAAGAAACAAAGAAUAACAACAGUUUGGUGCCCAUGUACCAUCCUAAUUUCUGGAUGGAUGGGAGGUGGAGGUGCUGUGCUCAGAUGGAGAAGCUUGCAGUGGGCUGUGCUCAGUACGAUCCAACCAAGAAUGCUUCAAAGAAGCCUCUUCCUCCUACUCCUGAAGACAACAGGCGAUCACUUCGGGAACCCGAAGAAACCAUUGUCAUUGCCUUGUAUGACUACCAAACAAAUGACCCACAGGAACUCAUGCUACAACGCAAUGAGGAGUACUACCUGCUGGACAGUUCCGAGAUUCACUGGUGGAGGGUACAGGACAGGAAUGGGCAUGAAGGAUAUGUACCAAGCAGUUAUCUGGUGGAAAAGUCUCCAAAUAGCCUGGAAACCUAUGAGUGGUACAAUAAGAGUAUCAGUCGAGACAAAGCUGAAAAACUUCUUUUAGACACAGGCAAAGAAGGAGCCUUCAUGGUACGAGAUUCCAGAACUCCAGGAACAUAUACUGUAUCUGUUUUCACCAAAGCCAUUGUAAGUGAGAACAACCCCUGUAUCAAGCACUAUCACAUUAAAGAAACAAAUGACAACCCCAAGCGAUAUUAUGUGGCUGAGAAGUACGUGUUUGACUCCAUUCCUCUCCUCAUCAAUUAUCACCAACACAAUGGAGCAGGUCUGGUCACUAGACUCCGGCACCCAGUUUGUUCUUGGAGGCAGAAAGCACCAGUCACUGCGGGACUGAGAUACGGGAAAUGGGUGAUUGAUCCCACUGAGCUCACUUUUGUGCAGGAGAUUGGCAGUGGACAGUUUGGGCUGGUGCAUCUUGGCUACUGGCUUAACAAGGACAAGGUGGCCAUCAAAACCAUUCAAGAAGGGGCUAUGUCAGAAGAGGACUUCAUAGAGGAGGCUGAAGUCAUGAUGAAACUCUCUCACCCCAAACUGGUCCAGCUGUAUGGGGUAUGCCUAGAGCAAGCUCCCAUCUGCCUGGUGUUUGAGUUCAUGGAACACGGCUGCCUGUCAGAUUAUCUUCGCAACCAGCGGGGACUCUUUGCUGCAGAAACCCUACUGGGCAUGUGCCUGGAUGUGUGUGAAGGCAUGGCCUACUUGGAGGAGGCAUGUGUCAUCCACAGAGACCUGGCUGCCAGAAAUUGUUUAGUGGGAGAAAACCAAGUCAUCAAGGUGUCCGACUUUGGGAUGACAAGGUUUGUCCUUGAUGAUCAAUACACCAGUUCCACAGGCACCAAGUUCCCGGUGAAGUGGGCAUCCCCAGAAGUCUUCUCCUUCAGUCGCUAUAGCAGCAAGUCAGAUGUGUGGUCAUUUGGUGUGCUAAUGUGGGAAGUCUUCAGUGAAGGCAAAAUCCCGUAUGAAAAUAGAAGCAACUCAGAAGUGGUGGAAGACAUCACUACUGGAUUUCGCUUAUACAAGCCCCGGCUGGCCUCCUCGAAUAUCUACCAGAUAAUGAAUCAUUGCUGGAAAGAGAAACCAGAGGACCGGCCACCUUUCUGCAGACUCUUGAGUCAACUGGCUGAAAUUGCAGAAUCGGGACUUUAGCAGAGACUCAGCACGAGGCAUGGGCUGCAGAUCCUGAAUGGGGGAAGCAAAUUCUCCCUUCAUAGAGCAUUAAAAGCUGCCACCAGCCCAGAACUCCUCAGAGGCAGCUGGCCUGUGGCGUCAGUCCCUAAGCCACCACAGAGGCAGCACCCUGACAGAGGCUGGCACCUGGCCACCAGCAGAAGGCUCAGCCCCUGAAUCGGGAGUGAGGCCAGAGCAGCAGCAAUGCCUUUACCCUCCUCCCAGCCUCUCAUCUUGUGUGGUUUGCAAACCUCAAUCUGAUAGCUUUCAGACAACAUUUCUUGCACUUCUUAGAGAAAAGGAGGGACAUGGUAGGACUGUGGUUGCUUAUUUUUAUUUCCAACAUGGAUCUAAAGUUUAUGGUCAAGGGAUUUUUACUUGGCCCCACAAUACAGAAUCCCAGGAUAUGGGGCAAGAGAAAUGACGAGUGUGAUGCUUUUUCAAGGAGAACUGGUGAAUUAAUUAAGGUCAGAAAGAGCGACUCAGCCGUUGUGAUGCUGUCAGCCACAGCUUCCUGCCGUAGAGGAUGAUGGAACAGCUGCUCACACAUGAGGCCAGAUAUUCUGAGAAGCAGCUUUAUGAGAUUUUACUCAUUGAGCACACUGCCACCUCCCUCCGUGAAGGGGCAUGAUGGACUGGGGUGAACAAUUUGGAUCCCGUGGUUGGAGGUGGCAUCUGCCCAGAAAGAGGGUAUCAGAUGGUAGGGUGUCAACUGGUACAGAGAAAGGCCUUAGGUUGAUACCACCCUGAUGCCCACUUUCAGUACCAAGCUGGGCAGGUGACGGUCCCUUUCCUCUGCACAGAAUGCUUCACAGCUAUCCUGGGAGAAGAUGAUCGCUUCUGAACACUGGCUCCUACUGGGACUCAGCCAUGGAUUCUUCUGACCUUUAGGUUUAGUUCCCUCUCUGCACUCUUCCACCCUCAUCAGCAGAGGGCAGCACUAUGCCGGGCAGAGUGGCCUUGCAGAGAUCCCGAAAGGUUCUUUAAGCCCUAGGAAUUUGCAACUUUAAGACAACGCUUCAAGUCUCUGAAAGUCUAGGAGAGGAAUGAAGGGUCUGUUCUCGCUCCAACCAUCUGGAUGGAAACUGAGUCAAGCACUGAGUGGGGUGCUUCCAAGAUGCACAAGGCAGCCUGUGGUCGAUUGAGCACUGAAAUAUGCAAGGUGAAUAUGUACUGAGCUACGGGCCUUAUCUGCAGAAUUUUAUUUCAUCCUGAGUUCACACCAACCCCAUGAGAAAGUAUCCUUAUUUCCAUUUUACAGAUGAUAAACCUGAGGCUUUAAAAAGCCAAGACAGCUCCCCUAAGUGACAGAGUUGUCUGUGACCAAUGCAGUUUCUGUAUUUCUAUUCAACACUGCCUCCUACUGAGGGUGAAAGGGGUUGCAGAGGAGGUAAAUAACAGCUGGGGGAGACCUAGAAAGCGAAUUAAAGAAGUCAACCACCAAGUAACGUUUCUCCCACAUAGACCAUUAUGGCUGGCUGUGUAGCCCUCCAACUUGGAAUAGGAUCUUCUUUUUCCCAUCUGGCUCCUCAUCUUUGUCAGAGGAUGGAGUUACUCGGUUAAUUAACCCUUUGAAUCACCCACCCCUCCAGAGUCAUAUUGCAUGAAGCCAUUUAUAGGUGAGCUAAGGCAGUUUUGGAAGAUCCUCCUGCAGGUGUAUAAAUGCUUCCUUUAAUUAUCAUUUUGGCUUUGAGCCAGCUGCAGUAUUCUUGGACAUUUUGUGGAGAAGGGUAUUCCCCGGUGUAAGAGAGAUUUCAUUUUCCUACAAUGUUCAGAUAAAAUUUUAGAGAGAUUCUUAGAUGGUGUUGCUAUUAGUUCUAUCUAAAUCGUGUGAUAUUUUGACCAGCUGAAGAUUCCAAUGCAUAACUUUUAACUAUAAUUAUUGUGAAACUGGUUGUCUCAAGAUAUCAUUGUAUCAAAUGUAUCAUUCAAAAGGUGAUCUGAUUCAACAUAUCCUAAAUCAUCCCUGUUUACUUUCUGGCAUUUUGUACAUUCUCUUGUGGAACCUUUAAUUAGAGAUGCUUUCUGGAACAUCCAGUCUAAAAGGAAAACAUCAAAAUUGAUUGAUUUCUGUGGCUUGGUUUCAAAACUUGCCCCUUGCAUGGUAUUAUUGUGUUCAAGCUCAGAUUCAUGGGGGACAUAACUGAACAUGUUAACUCCUCAGUGUCCUAUCCUGCAAAAUGGGCUUCCUGCCUGUUUUUUUCUACUCCAUUCACAGUUUGAAAAUGGUAUCAUGUGUUCCCAGGGAAUUCCCUUAUACAAGGUUUUGGUUCUAGAUGCAAUUUAUAGAUUUUGCAUUUUGUACCUUUUAAGACUAUUUAUAUUUGGAUGUAAUGAAUAUUUAUUAGUGUACAGUGAUUGCUAGUAUUCACAAUAAAAAUGUUACAAAUA